UCGCCAGCUUUUAAAUUCGAAUUUUCCGUUCCACCUUAAAUGCAGCCGUUAACGUUCCGUUCUGGCACAUCUACACCGCUUCAGCCUCUACACCGCAGCGCCAUUUAAGGUGGAACGGAAAAUUCGAAUUAAAAAGCUGGCUGAUGGACCGACUCCAGCCUGGUCAAUAGGUCACUGUUCCGCGCUGAAAACGGUGUGGAUGCCGUCGUUCCCGCCGCGGAGCUGCUCGAACAAGCCGUCCAUUCUCUCUGCAGCCUGAGAGAAAAUCCUCUGGGAGACUUCCGAGCUGCUCUCUUCCUCCAGGCGACCACCGCUUUCUGAAUGUCACGUUUCUUCCAAGCGAGCGUAGACAAUGUGGACUGCAGCGUGGAGUUUAUGGGGUCCUCUCCUUUUCUCCCUGGCUUUUGGCGAACGACCACGAAGUUCCCACAGGCCAGUGUUCGCAUGUGGUGGGAACUUUACUGGGCGUUCGGGCCUUAUUGGGAGCCAGGGUCACCCUGCGGUUUACCCGUCUAACACCAAAUGUGUCUGGAGGAUCACGGUGCCUCAGGGUAGAGUGGUGUCCCUCUCGUUCCGCGUGAUGGACCUGGAGAGCGACAAUCUGUGCAAAUACGACUACGUGGACGUUUAUGACGGACAUGUCAGCGGCCAGCGGCUUGGCCGCUUCUGUGGCACGUCCAGGCCCGGCGCGCUGGUCACCAGCAGCAACAAGAUGCAAGUGGUCAUGGUGUCGGAUGCCAACACAGCUGGGAGUGGUUUCCUGGCCGCUUACGCAGCCGUUUGGCCGAACGAAGGAGGAGACCGGUACUGUGGUGGAUUCUUGAAUAAACCUGGAACCUUGAAGACUCCUAAUUGGCCAGACAGGGAUUACCCUGCCGGUGUGACGUGUUCAUGGCGCAUCGUGGCACCUCAGCACCAGAUAAUAGAGCUGAAGUUUGAGAAGUUUGACCUGGAGAGGGACAACCACUGCCGCUACGACCACAUGGCUGUGUAUAAUGGCGGGGAGGUGAGUGAAGCGCGGAGGAUCGGCCGAUUCUGUGGAGACAGCCCUCCUGCCCCAAUCUACUCUGACGGCAACCAGCUCUUCAUUCAGUUUGUCUCUGACCUCAGUCUGACCGCUGAUGGCUUUAUUGGUCAUUACCUGUUCAGGCCUAAAAACUCCACCAUCACAGGCUCUCCUCUAACCGCAGCUCCAACCACUCCAACCACCGCGAGGCCCACAGCACUUACGUAUUCAGAAGCUCUCUGCAAGCAGAAAUGCACGAGGACCGGAACAAUUGAAAGUCAUUAUUGCUCAAGUAACUUUGUGAUAACAGGCACCCUAAUCUCUGCAGCCAUGCGAGAACAGACUGUCCUCGCCACUUUCUCCAUCACCAACGUGUAUAAGGAAGGAAAUCUGGCCAUUCAGCAGGCUGGGAAGACCAUGAGCACCAAAAUCACAGUCCUCUGUAAAAAAUGCCCUUUAGUGAGAAGAGGUCUGAACUACAUAGUCAUGGGCCAGAUCGAUGAGCAGGGGCAAGGCAUCGUUUCUCCCCACAACUUCGUGAUGGCCUUCAAAACUAAGAAGCAGAGAGACCUGACUGUGUUGACCAAUGUCCACUGCUGAUGGUAGGAGGUGGCCAUCAUGGAUUUGUAGUCUUGUGUUUUCAAACGCACAUAUAACCUCUGGUAUUUAUAUUUACCAAAUCUGGAUGCUUUGUAAGUGUGAAUGGUCACCUGAACCCAUGGUCAUACCUGAGCAAGGACCGUUUACUGACACAGUGCUGAGGAACGUCUUUCACCUUAAAGAAGGAGCCAUAUGUGACCAUGAACCUAUACACCUCAAACUAUGUUUUUAUUUAUGUCUGUUGUUAUUUGAUAUUAUAAACAUUAAAGCUUGGACUCCCAGAUAUAGACCAAGGCUGGCUUUACACGGUGAAACUUUUAGGCAACUAGGUUGCCUGCAACCUAAUUUCCGUGCAAUUUGACAGUUACGUGAAACAAUUCAAGAAUAAAGUUGCACGCAACAUAUUUAGUUGCUGCUCCAGUUAGCCAAAUUAAACAGCUCAUAAAAAUUUGAUUGUGUCGUUCAUGUGAUAUAAACUCCCCUGCAACAUGCAAUCGAUCUAUAGUGAAUAUUUGGUAGCAUUUUUAUGAUCUUUGCUUAAUUUCUUGCUUAAUUUGUCAUCGUUUAAAAUGGCUGUCUUAAAUGUGCUUGAUGAAGAAACACAAACUAAAAGGGCUAAACGAGUGUGGCUGAAAAACUGGCUAUUAAAAAGAGGUUUUAUGGCUGUUAAUCCAGCUGGUUACAGAAGUGCCUCGAGAAACUCCCACUUGUUCCUUGUUUUCUCUCGGUUAACUGACAAAAUGAAAAACUAUCAACCUUGCAUGAAGUCAGUGAGGAGUAUCUCCUAUUCAGCUGUCCAAAAGACCAUCUUCUCAUCAUUUUCUUGUCGAGUCAGCGCUAUUAGUAAUCAGUCUUUUGAAAUGAUGUAGUUCAGCGUGAUCCUGUGAUGCGUUAUCAGCAUUGGCUGUUUCAUGAAACUUGUUCUGUGCAAUAGAGAUGUUUGCAAUUGUUGUGGCUAAGUUGCAAGACGCUUUACAUGUAAUUCAAGUGCAGUUUAGUUUCAUAUAGGUUUCAAAACAACUAAAACUGUGCGUCAGGGUUUCACUGUGCAAAGCCAGCCAACUAUUUAAUCUAGAAUCCACUAAUUUAUUCCACCAAUGGGCUCAGUUCAUGUCCAGAAAACUAUCCUUUAGACAUUUUUAUGUUUUGUUUAUUUUUUGUUGUUAAAUUCAAGAUGAUUAAAAAAUUAAAUGAAAAUUAAAAGAAAGUGAUUGAAAUCUUGUUUUUGAAACAUUCCAAUUCGAUGCAUCUGGGUUUCUGGUCCUGUGACUCAAUUGCUCAAAUCGGCCCUUGAUGCUGGAAAACUACCUCACAGAUUAAUGGACUGUCCUGAUACAGCCAAAAGGUGUUCCAGCUAUAGAGA